AAACCCCACCGAAGAUGAAGACAACAGCACAGCACCCUAACUGUACUGUUGUAGCCGACAACAUUUCAUAUCAUACAAAGAAACAAUAGCUUCCACAAUGAAUCGGGACAAAGCUAGCCUGUCCCCCUCCACCCUCCAGGAGUCCCCAGGUCGACCGCCUCCCGGUACUUUACUGCUCGACUGCAGGAAAACACCGGGGCAGAGUGGAACUGAGAGAGGAGAAGUGGAACAUGGAGAUUUGAUUUCAUUAAGGGACAGCCCUAAUCGUUGCUCUCUCAGUGGGAGGAGCUUAUCAUCUGGGGAGCCUCAACAACAUCAUGAUGCUGACAAGACAGAGAAAAGUCUAUCCGGAUCAGAACACCUCAAGAAACACCAGCAGAGAGGUGUAGGGAAGAAACAUCAUCAUUGCUGCUCUGACUGUGGGAAGAGUUAUGCUAAACAGAGGGAAUUGAUAAUUCACCAGCGGAUUCACACCGGAGAGAAACCGUACCACUGCUCUCAGUGCGGGAAUAGUUUCACUGCAUCUAAAACCUUAAAAUCUCAUCAGAGAAUUCAUACAGGGGAGAGGCCUUACCCCUGCUUUGAUUGUGGGAAAUGCUUCAAUCAAUCAGGAACCCUGACUGCACACCAACGCACACACACAGGAGAAAAGCCUUAUAGCUGUGAGCAGUGUGGGAAGAGCUUCAGUCAAUCAGUAUCCUUGAUUACACACCAACGCAUACACAAAGGAGAGAAGCCCUAUAUCUGUGGUCAGUGUGGGAUGAGCUUCAAUCAUUCAGGAUCCCUGAUUACACACCAACGCAUACACACAGGAGAGAAGAAGCCUUAUAGCUGUGAUCAGUGUGGGAAGAGCUUCAAUCAAUCAGGACACCUGACUACACACCAGCGCAUACACACAGGAGAGAAGCCUUAUAGCUGUGAUCAGUGUGGGAAGAGCUUCAAUCAUUCAGGAGCCCUGAUUACACACCAGCGCAUACACACAGGAGAGAAGCCUUAUAGCUGUGAUCAGUGUGGGAAGAGCUUCAAGCAAUCAGGAGCCCUGAGAACACACCAACGCAUACACACAGGAGAGAAGCCUUAUAGCUGUGAUCAGUGUGGCAAGAGCUUUAAUCAUUCAGGAGCCCUGAUUACACACCAGCGCACACACACAGGGGAGAAGCCUUAUAGCUGCGAUCAGUGUGGGAAGAGCUUCAGUCAAUCAGUAUCCCUGAUUACACACCAACGCAUACACACAGGAGAGAAGCCUUAUAGCUGUGAUCAGUGUGGGAAGAGCUUCAGGAAGUCAGGAGCCCUGAGCACACACCAACGCAUACACACAGGAGAGAAGCCUUAUAGCUGUGAUCAGUGUGGGAAGCGCUUCAAUCAAUCAGGAGCCCUGAGCACACACCAACGCAUACACACAGGAGAGGAGCCUGAUAGCUGUGAUCAGUGUGGAUAGAGUUUUCCUCCAGAUUCCACCCUGACUAUACACCAGCUCUCACACACUGGAGAGAAACGUUACUCCUGUCUAUGUGGAAAUAGCUUUGCUCAUUCAUGGUCACAUAAAAAAACACCAGAAAGCAGAAACAUGUUUUCUUUCAUCUCCCUCCUCUCCGGCACCGGUUCCAGAUCCCUAAAUAAAGUUUCAGUAGAAAAUAUA